UCCGUCUCUGAAGGAACAGCAUGGCACCCCUUUCCCCUCUUCAUCUUUGCUCAGGCCUCACCUAGAAUACUGUCCCCAGUGCCCAUCACAAGACAGGGAGGAGAUGAUGAACCAGAUGGAAUGCAUCCAGAGAAGGCUGACCAAAAUGAUCGAACGUUUGGAAGGCAAGCACUCUAAGGAAUGGCUGAAAAGGGAUGCUUAUGAUGGCUGAGAGCAGACAUGAUUUCCAUGUUAAAAUAUUUGAACGGAGAUCCCAUUGAGGACAAGGAGAGGGCAAGCUGGUUUUCUGCUGCUUUAGGGACAUAAUGGAGGAAUGAAUUCAGGAAAAGAGAUUCCACGUAAGGAUUAGGAAGAACUUUUUGAUGCAAUGACGACCAUGCUGUACCCACGCGAGGAGAAGAUGAGCCAGGACGAGAUAGUGCUAGGCACCAAGGCCGUGGUGCAGGGCUUGGAAACGUUACGCACGGAGCACCACUCGCUGCUGGCUGCGCUGCUUGACACCGUCAACCGCAUGGAGCAACAGCAUGAAAGCAGCGCUGCCCAGGAGAAGGCCAGUCUCUUGCGGAAGUCUCUGGAAGCCAUCGAACUGGGGCUCGGGGAGGCUCAGGUGAUCAUUGCCCUGUCCAGCCACCUGGGCGCAGUGGAAUCGGAGAAACAGAAGCUGCGAGCGCAAGUGCGGCGCCUGGUGCAGGAGAACCAGUGGCUGCGGGAUGAACUGGCCAAUACCCAGCAGAAGCUGCAGUGCAGCGAGCAGGCCGUGGCCCAACUCGAGGAGGAGAAAAAACACCUGGAAUUUAUGAACCAGAUCAAAAAAUUCGACGACGACGUUUCCCCAUCUGAUGAGAAGAGUGGGGAUACAUCCAAGGACACCUUAGAUGACCUUUUCCCCAGUGAUGAUGACCAGGGACAAGGGCAGGCGCACAGCAGUGGGGACGCGGCGGCCCAGCAUGGCGGCUACGAGAUCCCGGCCCGCCUGCGGACGCUUCACAACCUGGUGAUCCAGUACGCCUCACAAGGGCGCUAUGAGGUGGCCGUGCCGCUCUGUAAGCAAGCGCUGGAGGAUUUGGAGAAAACCUCAGGCCAUGACCACCCGGAUGUGGCGACCAUGCUGAAUAUUCUUGCGCUGGUGUACAGGGACCAAAAUAAAUACAAGGAGGCAGCCCACCUUCUCAACGAUGCCUUGGCCAUCCGGGAGAAAACACUGGGGAAAGAUCACCCAGCUGUGGCUGCUACUCUCAACAACCUGGCCGUUUUGUAUGGCAAAAGGGGCAAAUACAAGGAAGCAGAGCCCCUGUGCAAGAGAGCUCUGGAGAUCCGGGAAAAGGUACUCGGGAAGUACCACCCGGACGUAGCCAAGCAGUUGAACAACUUGGCCCUCCUGUGCCAGAACCAAGGCAAGUAUGAGGAGGUCCAGUACUAUUACCGGCGCGCCCUCGAGAUCUACGAGUCACGCCUUGGGCCCGACGAUCCCAACGUGGCCAAGACCAAAAACAACCUGGCAUCCUGCUACCUCAAGCAAGGCAAAUACAAGGAUGCAGAGGCGCUCUACAAGGAAAUCCUGACCCGAGCGCAUGAGAGAGAAUUUGGGUCUGUCAAUGGAGACAACAAGCCCAUCUGGAUGCAUGCCGAGGAGCGGGAGGAGAGCAAGGAUAAGCGCAGGGAGAAGGACAGCGCUCCUUACGGGGAGUAUGGCAGCUGGUACAAAGCCUGCAAAGUGGACAGCCCUACGGUCAACACAACGCUAAAAAGCCUGGGGGCUCUCUAUCGGCGCCAAGGCAAGCUAGAGGCUGCAGAGACACUGGAAGAAUGUGCCCAGAAAACCCGCAAACAGGGCAUGGAUGCCAUCAACCAGAGCAAAGUAGUGGAACUCCUGAAGGAUGGCAACCGUUCGGAGCACUGGCAGAACCGAGAGGGAGUUUCCAGCACCAACAAAUGCGAAAAUGGGAACGAAGCUGAGGACGGAACGGCCGAAUGGUCUGGGAUGGGCUCUGGGGCCCUGCAGCGCAGCAGCUCCUUUGGGAAACUACGCGAUGCUCUGCGGCGGAGCAGUGAGAUGCUGGUGAAAAAGCUGCAAGGGAGCAGCCCUCAGGAACCCAGGAAUUUGGGGAUGAAGCGGGCCAGCUCUCUCAACUUUUUGAACAAGAGCGUAGAAGAGGAGUCAAGCCAGGUUUCCAGCAGCCUGUCCGACAGCCGGGGCCUUAGCGCGAGUAAUGUCGACCUCUCCCGGCGCAGUUCUCUGCUGGCAUGAGGAGGGACGGCCCGGCCCGCAGCUUGGCGUGUGCCCACCUGGGCCCCACUGGACCGGUCGACCACCUGCCUUCUCUGUGCUGCUGCUCCACCGGUGAAUGCUUGCCCCUGCGAGGCACCCGAAGAGCCACUCACCACCCCAAAGUCACGAGGCUGCGCUGCCCCAACUUGCCCGGUGCCGCGGGACCGUCUGCCCUCUCUCCCGUGCACGCA